GCCUCUUUGCUGCAGCGCCGAGGAUGGGUAUCUCCAGGGAUAACUGGCACAAGCGCCGCAAGACUGGGGGCAAGAGGAAGCCCUACCAUAAGAAGAGGAAGUAUGAGUUGGGGCGGCCUCCUGCCAAUACCAAGAUUGGCCCGCGCCGAAUUCAUACAGUGAGAGUUCGUGGCGGUAAUAAGAAGUACCGUGCCCUUCGGCUGGACGUUGGCAACUUCUCCUGGGGAUCCGAAUGUUGCACUCGCAAGACAAGAAUCAUCGAUGUCGUCUACAACGCUUCCAACAACGAGCUGGUGCGGACAAAGACCCUGGUGAAGAACUGCAUCGUUCUCGUUGACAGCACCCCGUACCGGCAGUGGUAUGAAGCCCACUACGCCCUGCCUCUUGGGCGCAAGAAGGGUGCCAAACUGACUCCCGAGGAAGAAGAAAUUCUGAACAAGAAGCGUUCAAAGAAGAUCCAGAAAAAAUACGAUGAGCGGAAGAAGUUUGCCAAGAUAGCAAACAUUCUUGAAGAGCAGUUCCAGCAAGGAAAGCUGCUUGCUUGCAUUGCCUCCAGACCUGGACAGUGUGGCCGAGCUGAUGGUUAUGUUUUGGAAGGCAAGGAAUUAGAAUUCUACUUGAGGAAGAUCAAGGCCAGAAAAGGCAAAUAAAUAUAAAGUAUUCUACUGAAAGAGCGAAUAAAACCGAGUCUCUACUACA